AUGAAUUGUGAGAAAAGUCAUCAAAGCUUGACUGGAAGUAAAAGUUCUAAGAAGUUUGGAAAAGUGAAUAAAACUGUGCUGGAUAAAUCCACAUCAAUUCGUAAGAUUACAACAACUAAACCUUUAAGGACACUGCCAAGUUCAACUAAAGCUCCAUCAAAUGAUUUAGUUAAAAAUAUCAAAAAGAAACACAAACAUGAAGACAAGAAAGAUUCUGAAAAUAUUAAAAAAGAUAGAAGAAAUGUCAAAGCGUCUAAGAAACCUCAACUGGUGACUACAAAAAAUCCACUCGACGAUAAAAUGAAAAAAGCAAUUAUGGAACAAAAAGCUCAAGCAUUUAAAUUUCUUUAUGAAUUACAAAAAAAGAAUAAAUUGAAUUCGUCGUUAAUUAAAGACCACAUUGCAAUGUCGACGCAAAUUCAAAAUCAUAUUUCACAAAAUUUCAUACCAUCACCGGAAGUAGGACCACUUUAUACGCAUGAUAAUAAAAUAACAGAUCACUUCAGUCCAAAUAAUAAAUAUUUUCGACCGUUAUUGCAAGACGCACAUUUUCCUGAAUCGCAUAUAAAUGCGGAUUCGAUAUUGGAUACAAAAUGGCUUGGAGCGAAUCAACCACCAACUGACACAUUGCCGUCAACUCAUCUUUUUCCAGCUUAUCAACCUGUACAGCCAAUAUUGCAAGAUGCACAUUUUCCUGAAUCGCAUUUAAAUGCGGAUUCGAUAUUAGAUAACAAAUGGCUAAGCGCGAAUCAGCCACCAACUGACACUUUGCCGUCAACUCAUCUCUUUCCAGCUUAUCAACCUGUAGAGUCGUUAAGUCACUUUAAUAACGACUAUGGGAAUAUUUCAUUCCCUCCAUUUUCAUUCCCAUUCAAUUACAACAGUUCACACUCUACAAGUCAAACUUCUAUUGACGAACAUGAGAUUUUAUUCCCAGAAAAUCAUGCAAUGGAAACAAUAAAACCAGUCAAAGUGAAUAAAGAUAAAGAAAGUGAAUUAAAUGAGAAAAAUAAAAUUAAUGACUCGUCUAAUGAAAAAUCAGAAGUUGGAAUGCAUAAAGUAGGUGUGAAGCUUGAAGUAGCUGAAGGGUCAAAGGAAAGUGGUUCAGAAAACAGUGAAGAGGUUAAUAAAACUAAGAAUGUUGCUAUGAAUGAAGGGAAGCCGGAAUCAGAUCCAAAUGAGAAAAGUGACGAAUCUGAAAACGACAAAACUGACGAAAAAAGUGCUGAAAAAAGUUCCGAGAAAAAUGGUAAAAAUCAUAAAAAGACUAAAAAUCCAUUUAGGAUCUCUCCCACUAUAAUUCUUCCUGAUGAAAAGGAAACUUCGUCAGAUGAUAAUAAAAAUCAUGAAAAAGUUGAACAUCCAGUUUGGACCUCCCCCGCUAUAAUUGUUCCUGAUGGGAAGGAAACGUCGACAUUAUCAUCUGUCAUCAAAAAUCAUGAUAAAAUUAAACAUCCAGUCUGGAUUUCCCCUCCUAUAAUUGUUCCUGAUGAAAAGGAAAAAUCAACAGAGAACAAUGAAGACAAGACAUCAGAAGAAGAAAAUGGAGAAAACUCCGGAAGUGAUGAUGAAAAAGAAAAAUCAAAUGAAAGCAAUAAAAACAAAGAUACAGAAGAAGAAACGGAAAAUGGAGAAAACUCCGAUGAAAAGAAUAAAAAAUCUGACGAAAAUGACAAGAAUGAAAAAGAUUCGAAUGAAAAAGAUUCGAAUGAAAAAGAUGCAAAUGAAAGUUCUGAAUCAAAUGGAAAUGAUAAACAUCCUAAUGCUCCAAUCAUAUGGAAAAAAGGGAUUUGGAAAUGGGUUCCAGAAGAAGAAGAAGACGAUGAGAAUAAGAGUGGAUCUGGAAGUGGGAGUGGUAGUGGAAAUAGAAGUGGGAGUGGAAAUAGAAGUGGGAGUGGAAAUAGAAGUGGGAGCGGAAGUGGAAGCAGAGAAUCAUCUGAAGGUUCUGGUGAAAGACAGAGUGGCAGCAAAGAAGAAGAAACCAGUGGUUCAUCAUCAAAAUCUUCAGAGAAAGAGGAAGAGGGGGAAGAUGAGGGAUCUGAAGAACCAGAAUAUACAUUUGGAGUUUUAAAAGGGUGA